AUGGCAGUUAUAAGGAAAAGGCGAACCUUUAAUACCAAAACCAGUCGGCAGCAGCAGCUGCAGCAACAACAACAACUACGGGCAAAACAAAGAUUUGAAAGCUCGAGGCUGAAACCGGAGCAGUCGACUACCACGAUUCAUGAUGAGAGUGAUACCAUUUCGUUUAGAUCUUACCUGCUGAUGAACUUUGUUAAAUCCGCAGAGUACAUGGACGUAUUGAUGACUCAACCGAUUCCGAACGACAAAAUUCGUCCUCCGGCGCUGUUUCCCAGUUCCAAGACUCUUGAAGCGAUGAAAGAGAGGCUGAGGGCACAGAGGGAGCAGUUACGUGGUGCCAAGGAGGCUCUGGAGCGCUUUACUUGGGGCAUGGAUGGAAAACUUCGAUUUUUGAAAGAUAAACUGGCGAAAACCGAAAAUGGGUGUGAAGGAACGGAGCCAAUCUUGGACGAAUAUCUCAGAGAAUUUGAUCUUCGAAGUCAGACGGGCAGGGUUGUGUUCCAUCAUGACAAGUUCAUCCAUUUACGAGGAGAUAUGAGGGAAGCACCAGCGGAUUAUUGGGAACAGUAUUCUCUAAGGUUAGAACAAGAAAGGAAAAAGGCGCUGGCAGCGAAGCAAGAGGAAGAGGCGAGAAAGGAGAAGCUACGUCUAAUGGAGAUGGAAAAGAGAAAGAAAGAAAUGGAGGAAGAGCGUAGACGAGAAGAGCUAGAAAGGCAAAAGCAGCUUGAGCAGUUGCAGAGAAAUGGAAUGGGUCAGGUGGACACACUACAUGAGCAUCUAGCAUUCCCAGGAUCCAAUCAAGGAUCGUUCCCGCAGGCUCACACAAUUGCUAAUACGCAGUAUGCGGUGCAGGGACAGAUUACCGCUAAUUCGAAUCCUUUGCAACUGCAGGAGCAGUUGCAGAAUAACGGCCAGCAGUUCUUCAACCAACAAGCUCCGCAACAAACGGUAUUGGCGCAGCCGCAACAGCGUGAACCAAUGAUGCAAGACCAAAAUGUAUCACAAACUCAGUCGCAGCAGCAACAACAACAGCAGCAACAGCAACAGCAGCCACAGCAACCACAGCAACCAGUCCCUGAUGGGGUAGAAAGCAUUUUUGGAGGUUUCGACGAUGAACCGUUCAACAAUGGUUUUGAAGACGACUUCGGUGAGCUUGAUACAGCAUUCUUUUAG